UAUAUAUCACGCCAUUACUAGCUGAAUCGCCAUUUAACAAUUUCCGUAAUGCAGUGUAUAGAUAGAGGAAGUCUAUAAUUUAGCGUUCUUCUCUGUGUGCAGGUUCUUCCAUUGCGACAGUUUAAUUUUUGAAUAGAAAAAAUGAGCUACGGUUACCAAGGACCACCUAUUCAAUUUCCGGGACGAGCACGACCACCAACAUCGUUUGGAGCUCCACCUGGUGCACCCUCUGCCCCUAAUGCUCCAUCUUCUCCGAUGGGCUUCUCAAAUACUCCACCGACAUCAUUUGGCAUGCCUCAACCAUAUUCUCAGGCUUCCUAUCCAACACAGCCCUCGUAUUCUGUCCCUGGCAAUGCACCCAAUCAAACUAAUACUUAUCCUCCACAACAAAUGCCAUAUCCUCAAUCUAUACCCACGUGUUAUCCCCCUGAUACACAUUCUAAUCAAUCUGCACCAUCUCCUUAUCCCCAACAGCAAAAUUAUAAUUCAUAUCCUAAUCUUCAAACAGCACCAAAUGCUAAAGAAUAUUUUAGCAAUAUAACUCCUUCCCCUUAUCCUUCUGGAUCAAAUGCACACUCAGCUAAUUCAAUUCCAUACCAGAGAGGUAGUUAUCCCGGGGGGCAGGGGGUAAGCUCACAGUAUCCUUAUGCUGCUAAUCCUACUGCUGCUACUCGUGGUACUACCCCAGCCCCCCGGAGAAAUCAGUUUACGCCUAAGACUUCUCCUACGGUAGUAUCUUCCGAUAGCUUUGAUGCCAGAGCGGAUGCUGAAACUUUAAGAAAAGCUAUGAAAGGAUUUGGCACCGAUGAAAAAGCUAUUAUUCAUGUUCUUGCAAAUCGUAGUAAUCUACAGCGUCAAGAGAUUGCAUCUCAAUUUAAGACCCUUUAUGGAAAGGAUCUUAUAAAGGACUUAAAAUCUGAGCUGUCAGGAAACUUCGAAAAACUUGUUCUUGCCUUGAUGAUACCUCUACCUCAAUUUUAUGCUAAAGAACUCCAUGAUGCAAUGUCUGGUCUUGGUACCGAUGAGACAGUACUCAUUGAAGUAUUAUGUACAAUGUCCAAUCAUGAAAUUUCGAUUAUUAAACAAGCAUAUGAAGCAAUGUACGGAAAAACAUUGGAAGAUGAUUUAAUUUCUGAUACAUCUGGCAAUUUCAAACGCUUGAUGAUAUCAUUAUGUUGUGCCAAUAGUUUAUUAAUAUUCACAGGGGAGCUUCGAUUUGGUACGGAUGAGUCUACUUUUAACGCAAUUCUUGUCCAAAGAAACAUGGCACAGCUGCGACAAAUAUUCCAAGAAUAUCAUAACAUAACAGGCCAUGAUAUUGAUGAUGCGAUUGAAAAUGAGUUUUCGGGCGAUAUUAAGAAGGGUCUUCUUGCAAUUGUAAAGUGUGUCAAGAACAGAGCCGGUUUCUUCGCCGAACAGUUGUACAAAAGCAUGAAAGGCAUUGGUACGGAUGAUAAUCGUCUCAUUCGAUUGGUUGUGACACGUUGUGAAGUGGAUAUGGGUGAAAUAAAGAAUGAUUUUCUCCAUCGAUACAAAGAGUCAUUGGAAGAUUUCAUAUCUGGUGAUUGCUCAGGACAUUAUAAAAAAUGCUUAUUGGCACUAGUACAGACUUAAAAUACAAUAUUUUCAAUCAUAUAUGAAAUUUCCGUUGCAUUUAUCGUUCAUCUUUUACAAAUACAUACAUAUGUAUAUGAAUGUUCAGCUUCUUCUCCUCUUAAUUUCCAACAAAUAUGCCAGUGAUAACGUAGAUUUAUUCUUCGAAAUAUAAAUGAAUGUAUUUUUAUAUGCAAAGUUAUAUGAAGAUAUUUUAAGAUAUAUAUACAUGUACUUAAUUCGGUGAUUUUAUGAAAUUAUUGACAAUUAUGUACAAAAAACACUGGCCAUGUUGAUGAAAACCAAGAAUUUCAAAUCGUAUAAUCACCUAUGAUUUUAUAUAGGUAAAUAUGGGAGAAAUGAAUACAUUAAUUGCCUCAAUUUUUUUUAAAUUAUUAAUAAAUGCAUUUAAUUUUUACUUUUCA